UGUAGAGUGUGUGUGUGUGUAUGAUUUGGAUGUUUAUGAUGUACACUGUGAUUGGACAUACUUCAUAUAAUCUCUAAGACAAGGAAAUGAUACUGCCUGACGGAUAUUCCCUUUCUCUCUCGUAGGUGACAGAAUGAUGCCUGCAACACAAGUUCAGAGGGCUGCUCUUUAUAAUGGAGGAGACACAGAUGCUGUGCGAUCAACUCAGGUUAUUGUGACAUUUGAGGAGGUGGCCGUGCGUUUCACAGAGGAGGAAUGGGUGCUUCUGGAUCCAGGCCAGAGGGCUUUGUAUCAGGCAGUCACAGAAGAGAUAAGUAGGAUUGUGGCCUCUCUGGAAGCUGACAAAUGGGGAAAAGAGUGGGUAGAAGGAAGUAAAUGUAAAAAGCCAGAAGAGCAACAGAAGGAAAAGUGAAGCAAUUGGGAAAGGAGGACUAAGUCUCUGCUUUUCAGGGCAGGGACCAGCAAUAAAUCACAGACCUAGAAAAGGCAGAUAAAAGAG